ACCCCGCGCGUGCGCGCUGCUGAGGUGCGCGAGCAGGGACCAUGGAGGCGGCUGUGAGUAGCCGGGGCGCACGGGUCCUGCGGCUCGCUUUCUCGGCGCGGAAGCCUGGCAUCCACGGCCCUGGGACUGGGCCCGCGGCCACGUUCGGCACCUCAGUAACCAAUGCCAAAGUGUCUGUGAAUGGGGUCCACCUGCAUUAUCAGCAGACUGGAGAGGGAGAGCAUGCCGUCCUGCUGCUUCCUGGAAUGUUGGGAAGUGGAGAGACUGAUUUUGGACCCCAGAUUAAGAACCUAAAUAAGAAGCUCUUCACAGUGGUUGCCUGGGAUCCGCGAGGAUAUGGACAUUCCAGACCCCCUGAUCGCGAUUUCCCAGUGGACUUUUUUGAAAGGGAUGCAAAAGAUGCUAUUGAUUUGAUGAAGACACUGAAGUUCAAGAAGGUCUCUUUGCUGGGGUGGAGUGAUGGUGGUAUAACAGCACUCAUUGCAGCUGCAAAAUACCCGUCUUACAUCAGCAAGAUGGUGAUUUGGGGAGCCAAUGCCUAUGUGACUGACGAAGAUGAAAAGAUCUAUCAAGGAAUCCGAGAUGUUUCUAAAUGGAGUGAGAGAACAAGAAAGCCUUUGGAAACCCUAUAUGGGUAUGACUACCUUGCGAAAAUCUGUGAGAAGUGGGUGGAUGGCAUAAAACAGUUCAAACAUCUUCCAGACGGGAGCAUCUGCCGGCACGUGCUGCCCCUGGUCCAGUGCCCCACCCUAAUCGUGCAUGGGGAGAAGGAUCCCCUGGUCCCACGUUUCCAUGCCGACUUCAUCCACAAACAUGUGAGAGAGUCACGGUUGCAUCUGAUGCCAGAAGGCAAGCACAACCUGCAUUUACGUUUUGCAAAUGAAUUCAACAAGUUAGCAGAAGACUUCCUACAGUGAAAAUGUCCCUGAAACCUGUGACCUGGUGAUUGCUUAGCUGCGUGUGCGUAGUGGGGCUUGAGGCUUUUGCUGCCUUUGUGUCACACCUCAAUUCACUCUCCUUCCGCACUUCCUACCCCUCCCUACAGACCCUCCUAAGAGAAUAUGAAUGACAGGUUAACAUUCUCUAGCUUUAAUAGUUACAAAAAUCUGAUUUUUUUAACAUUAGCUUGUAAAUGUCUACCUGUCGCUAAAAAAUAAAUUCCUAUCAUGAUUUUCAAAUAAAUCUUAGCUGAAUUCUGUAGUGAAAUUUGUAGAGCUCAAGACUGCUAUUUUAGGACACCUUGAGUUUAUGCCAUCCUUUUUAUCAGAGGUACAAGGUUUCACUGGUCUUUUUCUGUUUAUGUUGUUAAAAAAGAAGUCGAGAGAGAGAAGAAAGUCUUUGCCUGCACUCGGAUUCUACCUUUUCCACAAGGGGAGCUGGAACUACAGCAGAUAAGGGAGGAGGAUUUGCUCCCGGACACCUUUACUUUAAUACCUUGGGUCACUGAAGAUGAAAAAAGUAUGUCUUUUAUGUGUCUUUAUUAAAGAGCACAAACGCUAUUAAUUUAAAAAAUUAAAGCAGAAAUCCUAUUUUGUAAAAAUUACUAAACCCAGAAACAUUUAAGAAACAUUUCCUGAAAUAAAAAUGCUUUGAAAUA